AUGAAGUUCUCUCUGCUUCUCAGCACGGGGCUUUUUGCUACCUCAAUCGUUGCCGCACCUCGAGGCCGCGGCUUGGCUCAUCGUGUAGCUUCCCGGACAAGUAGGACCGGUCUUCCAGCUCAAAUCUUGGACCCCUUAGACAGAAUUUUAGCUGGCCAGGACGGAAACGCUACUCAUGUCUCCUACAGCAACAACUGGUCAGGGGCAGUAUUGACAGCUCCUCCUGCCGGGACAACAUUUUCCGCGGUUUCGGGGAAAUUCGCGGUUCCCGUUCCCUCCACACCAAAAGGUGGGCCGGAUGCCAGCCACUCUGCAUCCAUCUGGGCGGGCAUUGAUGGAGACACUUUCCAAAAUUCCAUUCUCCAGGCUGGUAUCGAUGUGACGGUCACGAAAUCUGGAGCCGCCGAAGCCGUGACGUAUAGCGCGUGGUAUGAAUGGUACCCUAACUACGCCAUCAACAUUGCUAGCACAGCAUUCUCUUUCAAGGAGAAGGAUGUCAUUAGCAUUUCUAUCACUUCAAGCAGCUCGACCAAGGGUACAAUAGUCCUAUCGAAUAUCAACACGGGGAAAUCAUUCUCAAAGACGCUAGAGGCGCCAUCGGCUGCCGCAGCUCUCGGUGGCCAGAAUGCGGAGUGGAUUGUGGAGGACUACUCGCAGAAUGGUGCACUUGUUCCUUUUGCAAAUUUCGGAACUGUCCACUUCUCGGAAUGUGUGGCUAAGGCGGGGACCACGAACGUAGGGACGAAGGGAGCGGAAAUCAUUAACCUGAAGGUUAAAGAUACUGGAAAGGUUUUGACUGAUGUAACGAUCCCGAGCGAGUCCGAAGUCCACGUUGUGUAUACUGCAUAG